CAAAAUGUCAAAUUUUGUUCUAGAACAAACGUAAACAAGAAUUCUCUCCUUCAAAAAAGUUUUUAUUUUAGAUUUUUCCUAUUAAAGAAAUAGAAAAUUAUGUUUGGUUUAAUUAUCUCUGGGAGACUGCCUCAAACAGAUUUCACGCCUGUUGAUGAAAAUAAGUUACUAAUAAAUGUGCCGGAUAUUGAUCAUGUAAACUAUAUAGUGGUGUUUUUAACCGGCGUACAACCUUUACCAGAAGGUAUGGCUGCAGCUGUGUAUUUUUCUUGGCCCGAUGCACAGUCGGCACCAACCUGGCAAUAUUUGGGUCAUAUAUCGAAUAACAAACCUUCAGCUAUAUUCAAAAUAUCGCAAUUGAAAAAAUCUCAUGAACUAGAAGCUCAGGAAAACGGUAUGCAAUUUGGAGCCCAAGAAAUAUCACAUACUGCACAAAUUGGUAUAUCUGUGGAGCCAGAUAUGUCUGUGACACAACUAACUCCAGCAGUGUCGAAUGCCAAUGCAAACCUGCAGUUUAGUCAAAAAAUGUUGGAAAAUUUCUUCAACUAUGCCUCCAGCUUCACAGUGACUCCCCAAGAGCUGCCUACAAUGAGUAAUCAAACGCUUGUGCCACUGUCCACGCUACAAAACUGGUAUACAAAUUUCCAAAGGCGUAUGGAGCAAAAUCCAAACUUUUGGAAAUAUUAAAGUGAUUCGAUUCAACCCACCGCCCAAGCUAUUAUGCAACAUUUAAAUAAUGUACAUCAGGAAAUGCCUAUCCUGCUAAGACUACUUCUGUGCACGUUCAUCUUGUGUUAUUUUCAUUUUAAAUAACUUCAUUUUAGAACUGUAAUUAUUUAAAAGUAUUUUUUGUUUUUAGAUUUAUAUCGGUUUUAUACUACAAAAAAAAGUAAAUAAAAAUGAAAAGGAUUUAUAAACAUUGAAA